CUUCACCAAACUAACGGCUCAGAUUCAACACCGUACAAUCCCCCAUUGACUUUUAUGAGUAAAGUCAGCUAAAGUGAGAGCUUAGUUAGCACAGUUGGUUCGUUCGUUCAAGACACGGGGAGCUCAACCCGCAUUUCCCCCCCUAAAACUUCCAUUUUCACAACACAAUGACAAAUUAGAGCUUUGCUCCUUCCAUUUCAUUAAAAAUCCUAUAUUUUCUUUAAUUUAAAAAAGGGGAAAAGCAAUGAGCGUCAGCCGUCCGGCGGUGCACCCGGUGGAGGCUCCACCGUUGACGGAGGCUGCGGUGCAUGGUCCUAGAGUGAGGAUGAAGGACGUUCAAGGCAUGCCCGGGACUAAAGGUGGCCUUUUUCUUCGUCUUUCUCAGUUCGUUUUCGCCAUUAUUUCCGUCUCCGUAAUGGCCACCACCAGUGAUUUCCGCUCCGCCACAGCUUUUAGCUACCUUGUUCUUGCUGUUGGCUUGCAAAGUUUGUGGAGCUUGUCUCUUGCAUUUGUUGAUAUAUAUGCCCUUUUGGUGAAACGGAGCCUGAGGAACUACAAAGCAAUCCGCUUGUUCACCAUUGGUGAUGGGAUCACGUCGACCCUUACAUUCGCUGCAGCUUGUGCAUCAGCUGGAAUCACAGUUCUGAUUGGCAACGAUCUCGAUAAAUGUGCUUUGAACCACUGCACUGGAUUCGAGACCGCCACAGCAAUGGCAUUCAUCAGCUGGUUCGCCAUAUCUCCGUCGUUUCUAAUGAAUUUCUGGUCACUGGCAUCCCAUUGAUUGUACUUCUUUGUUAUAGCAUUGUGCAGCCAUUUUCAAUCUGUUGUAUUGUCAAUUGCACCAGCAGUGUAAAUAGAUCAGUUUUGCUAGGGUUCCUAAGCUAAUGUUUUUUUCUCCAUUUCUAAAGUACCAUAUUUGGAUCUUUGAGGGAAAGCAACCAUGAAAUUAUAAAUUACUUGUUUUCCCCCUUUUUCUCUCAA